AUGGGGAACCAACUAAAUAAUAGUAGUGCUAAUAAUACUAGCAGUUCAUUGAAACACCAACAUUCCAUUUUUGAGGAUUACAAAAAGGAUGUGCCAAUCCUUACUCAAACAUUCAAUGAAAAUGCCACUCAUUCACCCAUUGAUGAGAAGUUGUACCUAACUGAAAAUGAUUUUUCAUCAAAACUGUUCUCAAAAAUACCGGAUUUUGGUGUCCAGCUGUUUAAAAAGUUUUCACCAGAUGGCCAGCCAAUAGAUUUGUACAAUUUUUUAAAAUUGUCAAAUGAAAUAAAUUCUCUAUGCUCCAUCAGUGAUCAGAUGAAAUAUUAUCUGUCUUUGUUUUCGUCUUCAUCAUCAUUUUCGUCCUCGUCGUCAUCAAAUUGUGACUCUACUCUAAUGAUGGUCAAUGAACUGUCUUCCAGUUCGAAACCAGCAACACCACCAGCAACUACUGAGCAUGUGUUAAACGCACUGGCAAGGCAUCAGGCUUAUUGUUUGAAGGAUCUACAUGACCAUGUCCUGUACAGGUUGCUCAAAAGGACCAGCGUCAAGAAGACGGCAGAAAAGACACAAGAUUCUCUGAAUGUUAAUAACAAUGACAGCAAACUCUGGCAGUCAGUUAAUAAAGGAGAUAGCUUGUUAAAGUUGUCUGGAUUGUGGUUUCUCUCCUCCUUCGUUCCUCAUUCAUUCAUUCCUUCAUCUGAAAUUGGAACAGUUUCAAAUUUCUCUAGAGCGUUAGAAAUGAAUGCCUGGCAUGUUCUGUACAAUAGUAACCUUCAAGGUUUAAGCGCCAAUGGUUUCUCGAACAAAGUUCUAGGCUAUCAGGGUCCAACGAUUACGAUGAUUAAGUUCUCGUCAUAUCUACUGGCUAUUGGACUGGACGUUGAUUGGAGAGAAAGUCAUCAAAGGAGAGGCAGUUACGAUUGCUUCGUUCUUCAGUUUACGCCUGUUUAUAAAAUUAUCACAAACAACACAGAAAAUCUGCUCUAUUUCAACCUCACUAAUCGAACGAUCAAGAAAGGGGUCCAGUUAGGCGGAAGUAAUAAGGGAUGUACCUUAGAGAUUGAUGAAGAUUUUUCAAAUGUUUCGUAUCUAUCGCAGAAGUUUACGCUGUCUGCUAUUGAGGUCUGGGGUUGUGGUGGUAAUAGUUGUUACCUGAAAUACUGUGGCCAGAAAGCUUGGGAAGCCAACGAUACUACUAAACACCGAAAUAGAAAACUAAAAAUAGAAGAUUGGAAGGACAACCCUGACAAAACAUUACUGAACUAUGGAGGCAUUGAGACCGACCACUCCAAGAGAGGUGACAUCUGA